CUUCCGCCCUCAUCCAUGGCAUCGCCACCAACGCAGUAUAGCUACCUCGACUUGGUGAACCAGUGCGGGAACGCACGCAUCGGACAGCAUUCAGGUCCUCUGCCUCUCGCCCCGACCGCAUACGACGCGGAACGCCUGAUCCCAUUUGCCCUGUCCCCAGCACCUGACGCGCCGAUCAUCGGCCUCCUCCGCCCACUCGUCGUCGAUCUGCUCAUCCGAGAACACGCCAGCGCCGAUCCGGCGGCGAGUAUGUGGGCCGGUGCGCAGCCUGGCACAGCCCGCAUCGCGCUGCACGCACGGCUCGAUACGCCGGGCAAGCGCACCGCGGCCAUGCACGCGCUGACGACGCGGUGGCACGACGCGGGGCUCUUCGCUGGUGUUAUCGGGCCCGGAAAAUGGCGCGACGAGCGGUAUCCGGUGUACAAGGACCCGUUCGGCAAGCGCGACUACGUCAGCGCGGACUCCGAUGCCGCGUUUGAGGAGGGCAACUUCGCGUUUGAGAUGGAGAGGGCGGCGUGUGCGCUGUUUGGGAUCGUGACAUACGGCGUCCAUUUGAGUGUCUAUCAGGAGAACGCUGGAGAGGACGGAGCAAGGAGUGUCAGCGUGUGGGUGCCUACGAGAGCUCGAACAAAGUCCACCUGGCCACUGUUCCUCGACAACACCGUUGCUGGGGGGCUCCCCGCUGGGAUGCCGAUCCUCGAAUGUCUCGUCAAAGAAUGCAUGGAGGAAGCAUCCCUGCCAGAAUCACUAGUCCGGAAGCAUGUCCGCUCUGUUGGUGUGAUCAGUUAUUUCCAUCGUACGGACAAAGGAUGGCUGCAACCAGAAGUCGAGUACUUGUUCGACAUCGCAAUCCCUGCGGACGCAGACUCGACGACAUUCCAGCCAAAACCUCUCGACGGCGAAGUAGAGAGAUUCGACUUCCUUCCUAGACCGGCAAUCGACGAAGCGCUGCGUGCAGGCCGAUUCAAAGCCAAUUGUGCCGUCGUUCUCAUAGAUCUGUUCAUCCGGCUUGGACUGGUCACCGCUGACGAGGAGCCUGACUACUUUGACAUCAUCACAAGGAUGCACGAGAGAUUCGAUUGGGAUCGCUGGGCAUCCAUGUAAAUAAUUUGCUCAUAAAUACGAGUUCUUAGCCAGAAGAUCAGCCUCCUUGUUGAAUUCCCGACGGACCAACCAAAAUUGAACUGCAAAUCCAUGGCUCUCGUACGCUGUGACGAUCCGAUCGAGCUCCUGGAAACAGGCUUUGUUCUUGACCUCUGCCCCACCGGAAGUCCUCCACCCGUUCUCCCUCCAGCUGAAAAUCCACUCCGUCAUGGCUCGGAACACGUGGCUGGAAUCAACGAGCAGCACCAUCCGCCGCACAAGCAGGAGCCGGUCGUUGUCGAACAUCUCCGUGAGCUUCUUCAUCGCCUCGAGCGCCGCGCGCACCUCCGCGUGGUUGCUCGUCUGCCGCCCGUCGAUUCUGCGCGAGACGUUCUCCACCGAGCCCGGGCCGAAGUAGAUGCCCACCCCCGCACGCGCUUCGGGCCUGCCGUUCCCCGAGCACGCGCCGUCGACCUGCACGAUGAUCGUCUCCUUCGCCACGGUCCGGUUGCCGUUGCGGUACUCAAAUACUUCGGAGACGGGCCUCAAGGGCCUGAUGAAGUCGGUCGGGAUGAGGUUUCCUGAUCGCUCGUUGACUGGGACGAAGGUGCGUGCGGCUCCGAGGGCCUUUAUGAGCGAUGCGAGCUUGGAUCCAAAGGGAGGAGGGAUGGGGGCCUCUUCGAGGCUGAACACAUCGAACACUUCGUCCUGGUCGAAGAACAUGCUAGGC